AUGGAAACAGAAAGUGAGGCAUUUGCUGCUUCUGUAGCAACCUCUUCUGGCUGCUCACUGCUUUCACCAACCAUUUCUAAUGCUCAUUUCAUCCCCUCAGUGCCUGCAGACUUUGGCAAGCGUGUGUACCAGGGAGUGAGAGUGAAGCACACGGUCAAGGACCUGCUGGCUGAGAAACGAUCCAGGCAGAGCAGUGGCUCCUGCUGCAGCGGCAACACCAGCACACCACAGCCACCUUUUGUCCAAGUGCCAGGCUCACCUCCCGUGGCUGGCUACUAUGGCAUCAGGAGAUCCUUCACAGCUGAGUUGGAUUUCUCCAACACAAAGCAAUUUGUCAGUGAUGUCUACUCGUCCCCUCUAGGCUCCAAGACCUUCUCAUGUGAUUCCUCAGCCUCUCAGGGUUACUCAGCACUCCUGGACCCGUAUCUCAGCGACCCCUAUGGGGACUACCGUGCAGCUCCCCUCACAGCUGGUACCAGCUCCUUCUUCAGCCCUUCUUCUGUGCCCCCUCUCCUGCCAUCCUUCCCCAAUGACACAGCGCACUUCCUACUCAGAGAGCCCUGGGAGCAGGCCUCACCAGACAGCCUCAGCCAGUCGGACAGUGCCUGCCCAGACCCCCUGCAAGCGCUGCCUGCCAGUGCCAGCUGCCUCUCCUCACACGACCCCGGAGCUGUUUCCCCAUACCGAAGUUCAGGCUGGACCCAAGCCAUUCCUGGAGCCCAGCCUUACCCUCUGCAUCCUCUGGAAGACGUCCACUACUCCCCCAGCUACUCUGCCACCUCACCCUACUCCUUCUCACCGUUCAUGACUGUGGCAAGUGAGCUUACCUCCAGGAUGAGCCACCUCUCACCGGAGCAGGCACCAGAGACACCACCCUUUCAUGACACCUCUGCUUGGGCAAAAGAGGAUGGGAGUCCCACCUGGGGGGCUUAUGAAGCCAGGAGAACUUACUGA